AUGGCCUCUUCGAACUCUUCGAUGGAUUCUCAAGGAGACCUCCGACGCGCUGAUGGGCGGGAUUCGGCGACUCAGCCUGAGGCAGCAUCGAUCAGCUCCGACUCUGUGAGUGCUGUGCACUCUUCUGCGAAGGUGGCUCUGCCUGUGUCGGAAUCGAGUUCGUUGAGGCAGGUAUGGGAUAACGCUGGGACACGGGAUGCGGCUUCUGUGCGGUCUAGCUUGGGUCUGGGAGUUGCGCCUACCGCUACAGGGACUCAGGGCUCUGGUACUGAACUCAAUACUGCGGCUAAUCUGCAUCUACCGCCAUCUGAUCCUACUGCUUCGAGGACACAUGGCUCUGAUGUUGGACUGGAUUCUGCUGCCAAUGUGGAUUUACCGGCAAGUGAGUCGAGUUCGCUGAGGCAGUUGCAGGAGCACACGAGGAUGGGCGAUGUAGCGUCCGUCCAGUCUACCUUUGAAUUGGGAGUUGCGCCUACUGCUUCGAGAACUUACGGUUUUAACAUUUGGCUGGAUUCUGCAGCCAGCUUAGGUCUACCGGCAUCUGAGUCGAGCUCACUGAGACUAGUGCGGGAACACACAGGUAUGGGCGAUGCAGAUUUCGCCCAGCCUGCCUUGGCUUUGGAUGUCGCUCUUCCGCCUUCGGAGGCAAGCUCUCUAAGACGAACACAAGGACAUACUGCUAUCGAGAGACCUGCAGACGACACAGCCUCUGUACACUCGAGCUUCAUUGGGGAUGUUGCACUUCUGGUCCCGGCGACGAGUUCUUUGCAGCAACUGCAGGAUCAGCAAGGUCAUGUCAGUAACGCAAGCCAUGCUUCUUCAAAGCAUUCGACGUCAGCUUUGAAUGUGGCUCUUCCUGCUUCGACUUCGAGCUCGUUGCAAGCAUUGGUACAACUUGCUUCGAAGACUUCGGCUGCCCCAGCGAGUGGACCGCAAGAAUGGACUUCUCCCCUGCCACCGUCACAAUCGAACUCGGUGGCAUCAGCAAAUACAGUGGGUAGCUUUGUGUCUUCAGUUGAUAAUGGCAUUCCCCUCGACACGCUGAACCUGAGCUCGUUGGACCAGCUUCAGAACGCAGCCACAAGUUCUCAUGCGGAUUGGUCACAACAACAUGCACACGCUGGUAAUUUCCCACUUCCUGAUUCACGUUCAGGGUCCAAUGCUGCAGCAUCGGAUCCGGCAGAAGGCGACCCAGUAUCGUACGCAGACCUGAUACAGCCUCUGAUCCACUGCAUGCCUCAUCUCUCAAGUCUAAACUGGUCGAAUUGGGAAUGUCGCAACAUGAACGCUGGAGCUGUGUUUGGAUUCGAUUUCUACGGAACCCUCACUGACUAUAAAGGUCGCAUCGUGAAGGAGGGCAAUGAGUCCUGGCUUGGAGAUCAGGAAGCAUGGCGACUACUCACCGAACAGCCGGCAAAAGACAUCACAUCAAAACUGAUCAUAGCAGAAGACCUCUCCCCAGACACAAUUGAUGUGCUCGGCUCGGCUUUUCAUAUCGACCCCGAAGCAUUUGCGCUGCAGCUUAGCCGCGGUCGCUUCUCCAACAAGGUGCAUGCCAAGGACGAUCACGAUGGCAGAUGGAACACAUGCGGCAUGGCGACAUCAAAGGCAUCGAUUCAAUGGUAUCGACCAGUGAGAUUGGAUGCCGGUGCAGCAGCAUGGCUGAAAGACCCGGAAAAGUUAGACCAGCUUCUUGAUGUCGCUUCGGGUGACAAAGAAGGAGAAGAAGAAGAAGACGUCUGUCUUUCUUGGUCUCAGAAAAUAGUUACGUGUUGGAAGAGAGGCCAAGGCAGGAUGUAUGGGAACUCGGGUCCCUCGAGGUUCGUGUCGCAGAAAGACAUAUAUCACAGAGCUAGGAUCACCUCGAACAUCUUCCGUAGAAGCCGGUUACUGUCGACCAAAGUGGCCAAGGCCUCUAAGAAGAGCGUUCCCUGUGCUUGGGAAGAGAAGGCUACUAUCUUUAGAGUGGAGGAUGCUCAUGUGCCGACUCUCAUCCUUCUGGUGGACCCUAUGCCUACAAUCACGGAUUCACAUACCGUGACCGAGACGCGAUUGAGACUCAAUCCAGUGCCUACCAAGGUUAAAAGAGAUCCCAUCGUCAAAGAAGUCGACUUGACAAUAUUCCUACCGUCGAGAGUCAGAGGGCCUCUCCAGCUGCCCGCAAACAAGCUGAACAUCAGCGAAGAUGAAUUGCAACAUCUCGAGCAGGCAUCAUGGGCUACGAGCACAGCUGCGGCCGUCGAGUCCUGGCUUUCAGUCAUGCAUGAUCAGACGAAUCCAGUACUUGCGCUUCUGGAAGUCGUGCGACUUGACUCGAUUGCUUUCUUCGACAGUCUCGACACCUGCCUCAAAGAGAUUAGCGAGGACUCCAUAGACGAUUACUUGAUGACCAGGAGACUGGCAGACUGGCGACAGCUCCUGAACGAUUUCGAGUCAAAGGCCGCUGAGAUCGGCCAAAGCCUUCAUGAGUUCAUUGACUUUGCCUUCAACGAUCCAAACGACCGGCCAGCACGAGUGGAAGAGAUCAUCGAGGAACUUGACUCGCGAACGCAGAGAUUCUCACAGCGCAUUGAGAAGGCGUACGCUGCCCUAAGAGCUGAGAUGGGCCUCUUCGAGAGCCGACGCAGUAUUGCUGAAGCAGAGACCGUGACCAAACUCACGGAACUGGCCUUUGUCUUCAUUCCGCUGACCUUCUGCUGCGGACUGUUCAGCAUGCAGGUCAACGAACUCCAAAACGGCGUGCCUUUGCGGACCUUCAUCAUCACGGCUCUCAUAGUCUUCGUCAUCUGCUACGGCGCCCGCACCAUUAUGCGAAGUUCCAUUAUCGUCGAAAGCAUGCAAAGUGCACAGGAGAGCUUAUGGGCCGCCAAGGCCUUGAAGCGUGGAGGAUUGGCGUCGACAUUCCUGAUCUUCCUGUUCGUGGGUUCAUUCACGGCCGUCCCUGUGGCGUUCCUUUGGACGAACGUCCACUUGGGCUCUGCCUUGAAUGUGUUGAUCAUGCUCCUGCUGGUCCCGAUAGGCAUCGCUGUGGCCUGGACAUGUGCUACUGCGUACACGGAUGUGCGAAGUACAAGCGCAGAGAACAAAGUCCCGCUGGAGCUGCGCAUAGCCCUGUGGGUCUCAGGGGCCAUCAUCUCCCGACGAGUGAACGCAUCGACGUCAGAGUUCCCGUCGGACUUUGCUUCACCAAAUGACAGUGGAUAUGGCGAUGUUUGA